AUAUCUCUCUGUGUGUCUAAGUCUAACCAUCGCAAGUAGCUGAAUCAAUAGUAUUAAGCCAGGUUAGCUAGACCAGCAAGUAAUUGCUGGCUAGCAGAGAUUUUUUAGCUUGGGUGGUCUUUGAUAAUAGGAUCCUCUAUGAGCCCUCAAAGCGUAUCGAAGACGAGCAAAUCCCUUGAGGGUGUCCAUGGGGUUCAUGUUGUUUCUCAUUCUCAUUUCGGAUUUGAGAGUAUUGGCCAAGUUUCAAGCUUUGAGUCUGCGGAUGCAGGAACAAAGCAAAGACUAUUCAUUGAACGUGUUUGGCAACAAAGACCUCCAUGCCUAAGACCCAUCCAUUGCAGCAUCCACGGCGAUCAGAGUAUAUUAGAAACAGCUGCUAAUGUGAUCACAUCGAUCCCUUUCAUUUUCCUCGGUAUGCAGGCACCGAGGAAAAACCUGAACAUGAAGGUGUAUGCAAACUCCUUAAUCGGAGUUGGAAUUGCAUCGAGUUUGUAUCAUUCUUCAAGAGGGAAAUUGAGGAAGUAUCUUAGAUGGGCUGAUUACACAAUGAUAGCUACAGCGACAGUUUGUCUAACUAGGGCUCUUAGAGAAGAGAACCCAAAGUUCUUGAUGGCUGCAUCAGCGUUGGCUCUACCGUUCCAGCCUCUCGUGGUAUCAGCUGUUCACACUGGAAUGAUGGAGGUAGCAUUUGCGAAACGCGCCUUAGAGGAUCCGGAUUUGAAAAUGGCUCAUGAUGUUCACAAAAUGUCUUCGUUAUUGGGCGGAGCAUUGUUUAUAGCUGAUGAUCUUUUCCCUGAAACACCAUUCAUUCACGCCGGUUGGCAUCUCGCCGCAGCCAUUGGCGUUGGAACGUGCAAUAAGCUUCUUCAAAUGGGAGAGGUGGUGUGUAUAGGUGCAAGCGUUACACGCAACUCUACAUCGAACACAUUAGAGAUCAAAGUAUCGCGUCUAAACAAUCUCACUUUAGGAACAAACGAUUCUCCUCCGUUCCCAACCCCUUACCUCCUUUUGAACAACAUCGUUAGCUUUGAUGAACACGACAUGUAUGUUCUCCUGUAUCCAAGGCUCCGAGAUCCCAACUUAUGCCGUAUUCUCUCCUCCGAGAUUGCUUCCAAAGCCAAGCGAGUUCAAGGCUCCUUUGACGUCACAAUAGAACAAUAUAUAAUCGAGGAAGAAACAUGUGCUAUUUGCUUGGAGGAUGAUGAUGAUGAUCACUUAACCGAAAUGCCAAACUGUACGCAUGAGUUUCAUAGUGAAUGUAUCACUGCGUGGUUAUGUAUGAGUAAUAGUUGCCCUACCUGCCGUGCUCCAAUUCUGGAUGACUACGACUGUACGAGUGACGACGACUGUACGAGUGACGACGACUCUACGAGUGACGAAGAAAGUAGUGAAUAGGGUUUUUAUAUUACUGAUAUUUUGAUCCCCUAUAUAUCUUUUCAUGAGAUUUGAUCGCCUAUUUCUCUUUUCUUUGAGUACAAUAAAUGAAUUGGAAUUUU